UUUUGGUGUACGUCUGACUUCACUUGCUUAAAGUGAGAUACAAGUCAACUGUGUUCCAGGAUAGAGCUGACAUAUAUCGAAAAGGGGGAAAAAAGAAAGAAAUGGGAUCUUCAGCCUCAAAACCAGCACCAUCACCACCAAAUCCAGAACUGGAUAAACCAUGGAGGAACUUUGACUGGGGACAGAAAGUAAACUUGAAAGAAAAGCUGGAAAACUUCUGUUCGAGUCAUCCAGAUGUAAAGGACAUCAAAAUCCUGGUAGCUGGACAAAUUGGAGCAGGAAAGUCCAGCUUUAUUAACUCUGUUGAUAGCGUCUUUCAAGGACGGAUCUCAUCUAGAGCGCUAGUUAAUGCAGCUGAUGGUUACAGUCAUAGUUUCACUCAAAAGCUCAAAGGAUUCACCAUUAGAAGUGGGAAAAACAUGUUGCCCUUCGUCUUCAAAGACAUCAUGGGCUUGGAACCUAAAGUAUUGGAAGGGUCACAAACAGAAGACAUCAUCAAUGCUGUGUUUGGCCACGUGAAGGACGGCUAUAAAUUCAACAAGGAGCAGGCACUUACUCAUAAGGAUCAAAAUUACACCAGUGACCCCAACCUCUCAGACCAGUCUUUCUGCCUGGUUUACAUCAUAGCCGCAGAUACAAUCAGUUUCACAGAUGAUCGCCUUAUUGACAAGUUGAAGAUCAUCCGCCAGAGAAUCAGUGAAGAGGGGAUUCCUCAAGUGGUUGUCAUGACCAAAGUGGAUGAAGCGUGCCCGCUGGUCAAAAAAGAUCUGAGGAAGAUGUAUACUAGCAAGAAGAUCAAGGAGAAGAUGGAGUUGUGCAGUGCCAAAGUGGGAGUGCCACUGACAAACAUCUUCCCAGUGAAGAACUACCAUGAUGAGAUUGACACAGAGGAUGACAUUGAUGUUCUGAUACUAAAGGCACUUGAACAGAUUGUUCAGGUUGCUGAUGAUAGAUUGGAGGAUAUUAAAAGCUACUGACAAAAAUCACAUAUAUACAGUAAUUACUGCAUUUCCCAGUCUAGCCUUUUAAUAAACCUGGUUCUGUGGUAGAUUGCUUAUGUUCCUCUGAUGUAAGAUGCUUUACAUAAAAGCAUCUGCUAAAUCAGGGGUUCUCAACUCUGGCCCUCAGGGUCCACUUUCCUGCAGAGUUUAGCUUCAACCUUGGUCAAACUCACCUGCCAGUAAUUUUCUAGUAAUCCUGAAGACAUUA